UUCCUCCUCCUCCUCCUCCUCCUCCUCCGAGGAUCACAGCAGCCCCCUGCCCGGCUUUAAAAGCAGGCUGCAACCUCAUCACAUAACACCCCUCCUCCUCCUCCUCCUCUUCCUCCUCCGCCCUCCACCCUUCCUCCUCCCCUCCGUCCUCCUCCUCGGCUCUUGCAGGAGAGCAGAGGAGCGUCACCGUCGGGCUCCAGGACGCGUCCAGGCGGAUCUCCUCCGGAUUAAUUCUGCGCUGUUUGGAGCUGGUUAAAACCAAACAGGAGGAAGGUUUCUCUCCAGCCAUGCAGAAGGUGGAGGGACAGGUAACCCCAGUCAACCUGCCUCCUUCCAGGGGUUCGAGCACCCCGGGGUCUCCCGCCACUGGCAUCACGGCCCGAAUGAACGACCAGGUGGUGGGCUACAGAGACCUGGCAGCUCUGCCGAAAGAUAAAGCCAUCCUGCAGGUUGAGAGACCGGACCUGAUGACCUACAAACCACACCUGAGCUUCUCCCCACUCGACCCUCCACGCAGAGAACGGUCUCUGUCUCCUCCCGCCACGUCUCCCACCAUGUCUCCUGAGGUGAAGGCCCGCAGGGCAGAAAGUGAGAGUGGUUCUCCUGGAGGAUCGAUGAUGCAACUGCAGGCUGCGCGCAAGAUCAGCACCAGCCAGCAGCAUUUCCACAGACCAGAUAAUGGAUCCAACAUCUACAGGAAACCUCCCAUCUACAAACAAGAUGUUAACAAACAUCUGGAAGGCGUCAUUAAGUCAGCAAAGUUUCCAGCAGCUCAGCCUCCAGACCCAAACCAGCCGUCCAAGAUUGAGACCGAGUACUGGCCCUGCCCCCCCUCACUGGCUGCCAUGGAGAUCGAGUGGAGGAGGAAGAAGAAGGAGCUGCAGGAGGAAGACGAGUUUGAAGACCUGACGAACGAGGCUGAGAUGCUGCGGGAGCAAGAGCUGGAAAAGAUCAAGUCCAACCUGGGUCGUCUGAUCCUGAAGGAGGAGAAGGAGAAGGCCGUUCACUUUCGGAGGAAGACACAGUCGCUGCCCGACAGAACGCACCUGCACACCAGUUUGUCAGCGAGUGCUUCAAAGUCUCCUUCACACUCAGGACCAGGUCUGACCCGAAUGCAGUCUGCAGAGUUCUCCACAGACAAAGGACAACAAGCUGCUCAGGUGAGUCUGUCGUCUCCACGCCAUCUGUGUGGCACGUGCAUGACAUCAAACGGAGAUGCUCGCAGGGAGAGGAUGGACAGAGGAAACUCUCUGCCGAGUAUCCUGGAGCAGAAGAUCUAUCCCUAUGAAGCUCUGAUUGUGACCCACAGAGGGCGCUGUAAGCUGCCACCAGGAGUCGACCGCACUCGACUGGAGAGGCAUCUGUCUCCAGAGCAGUUUGAGGAGAUUUUCGGGAUGCCGAUGGCCGAGUUCGACCGCCUCUCUCUGUGGAGACGAAAUGAACUGAAGAAGAAAGCCUCACUUUUCUAACAGGAAGUGACCUCAUUACUCUUCAAAUACUUGAUGAACCGCCUGCUUCGCGAGGAGGGGGAGGAGGAGCCCAUCAAAUAUCAACAAACAUCUAACUAACCAAUCACGUCCCUGGAUGUGUGUGUGAGGAUCAGAGUGGACUGAAGGCUGGCCCUGAUUAACCCUUUAUUACUCUGACUAACCUUAACUGAUGCACUGACACUCAGACAUAUUACCUGUGCUGCACUUAUAAUCACCACUGCUUGCAAACCAUCAUCAUCAUCAUCAUCAUCACCACCAUCACCAUCAUCAUCAUCAUCAUACAGUUUGUUUCAGAGCUGCAGCAGUCUGCGUCAGGACGUUAGUAUCGAACUCUUCUGGUGUCAUGAAGCUGGGUCUCUUUUAACCACGGUAGAUCACCGUGGUAACCACGGUGACGCAGGGCUAAUUAACUCUGGAAUAAUGUCAGAAAUCAUUCCUACAGGAUCCUGACAGGGACAAAAGUCACGAGUUUAAAACAAAGUGACGCUUUUUAACAUAUAUCAGAACAAUUACUGCCAUGACGGGUCGGAUCACGUCAGACUAAAAAUGAAUGAUUAUUAAUUAUAGUUUAUUAAUUAUUAAUUGUUAAAUGGGAACUUCAUGAUUUUUCAAUCUGUUUCUGUGUCAAUCUUUUUUUUUUCAUCUUUUGUGUCUGAGAAAUUAGAGUCCAGGUUGAAAACUACAGAAGUCACCGUUAAAGUUUCUUUAUUUGUUUAAUGUUUAACUUUGACAUUGAGCAGAUUUCAGACAUUAUUAAUUAAUGAAUAACACUGAUUUCCCACCAGGUGUCUGCAGCUAAAACUGAAAUUUGACCCUGAAAGUUUCACCAUCUUAGUUUAGAGUGUUGCUAACAUGCUAGCAUGCUAACAUUAGCUAAUUAUCAGUGAACACAGCCGACGCUGAUCGAUGUCAUCAGUUCUGCAGGUAUUUGGUCAUAAACCAAAGUAUUGGACACGUUAACAUGUUGAGUUAAUGAUGGCGCUAAAUUAAUGACGAACUACAUUUCAUCAUCAUCUAUCCAAUAGUUUUUUGGACAUCAGCAGAAAUUAAAAUGCCUUUAUUUUGCACUGUAGAUUAAAAAGACCAAACAACAAAUAUUUGAAUUAAACUAAAUUAUUCAAAACAGCAGCCAAAAUUCCAUAAAAUAUUUUACAUAUAUUUUAUUAAUUUUAUAAUUUUAAUCUUCAUUUUUGGUUUUAUUUCUAUAAUUAUUUGUUUGUACUGAUUUAUUUAACCACCAAAUUGAAAUUAAAUAAAUUUUGGCAGUUUUAUUUUUAAUGUUACUGCAGCUUCUUCUUCACCUCUAGUUGUGAUUUUGUUUUUUCAAAGCUGAAAAUUAAUUUUUGCUGCAGCAGUGAGCCAGUUUUCUGAUCAGGUGUCUUUGUUUUAUCUUAAUACUUUGCUAUUAAUUUCAUUAUUAUUUUAAAAGUAUUUUUAUUAUUUAAAUAUGGUUUUAGAAUAAUAACUAUUACAUUUUAUUUUCUUAAUUAUUUAAAAUAAAACAUAUUUUAUUUUAUCGUUUUUAUUUUAAAAUAUUUUAUUUUUGGAACAUUUUAAUUUAGUAUAAAUAAUAAUUUUGUCUCUUCCGUGAGACCAGUUGAAAUGUGGCUCCGUGAACUGGACCAGUUUAAACCAGCUCCAUGACACCAGUUAGCGACUUCCUGAUUCAGUCGUCUGAUGUUUCUGCUUUAACUUGAACGACAGUCGACUCGUGACGAGCUGCUGUCUCGUAUUAACAGAUUGUAAUAUCUAUUUAUUAUGUGGAGCUUUUUUUUAUUUAUUUAAAGAUUGUAAUUUUUACUGUGACGUUUGAUUUUAAAAAUAUUGUUUUUGCUGUACAGUUGUUUUUUUAAAGGACUUUCUUCCUCGCUUUAACUCGCCGCCAACAUUUCCCCACCACCACGUACCUUCAUUUUAAAGGAGCAGUUCGUACUAAUCAACAUGGUAGCGUCUUUACUGGAUCGUGUCUCGAGGUAGAAAAACGUCUCUGCCGCCGUCUUCACACUCUGUGUCCGUCCUUCAUGCUUUCUUCUGGAAACGCCUCCACGCCAUCCGGUCCUCAUUGUUUCUGUUGUACGAUGUAAAGAGUCAAUAAAUCUGAGAAAAACAGACGCUGUCUCGUCCUCU